UUUUAUCUACACCUUUUUUCUUACAUGUAAUCUCAUGUUUCUUAGAAACAAGAGUAUAAUAGUAUAUACACUAAUAAAUAUGAACACUAAAAAACCCGAAGGAAUACUUUUAUAGUACGCCAUGUCUCCAUGCACAUAUUCUAAUACUUCAUAUAAUCUUUGAUCAUAUGCCCCUAAGUCCCUAAACUUUGACUUUUCCAUAUUAUAAUCAACUAAUUAAGUUGCGUAAGUGUAACAAUUUAAUACAAGCAUAUAAUAAUACUAGUAUGUCCACUUGUAUUUUGUAUAUGUUGAAAUUUUAAAUCUUUUUAUUCACUCCAUAAUACGAAGUAUAUAAGACCACAACCUAGUGAAAGGAUUGAAGCAGAGAUAUAUAAAUACUGCUACUUAAAAAAAAAAAAUUAAAUAAAAAAGAAGGAGAGAGAGAGAAGAGAUUAUGAAAGAGAGGUAAAAUUAAUUAGAAGCACCUAAAACACUAAAAACUUCUUCCAUGGCUAACACACCCACAAAAUUUUUGCUAAUUCUUCCUUCUUUUCUUAUUCUAACCUUGUUUUACUUGUUUUUCUUUCACCAAAACAAGUUUAAUUUAAAUAUCAAUCUUUUUUCUAAUCUUUUUCCACCUUCUUCUAAUAAUAAUCCUCCCAUUAACAUUAUUAAUAAUCAUACACACCAUUCUCAUAAUAACAUCUCAAUUUUUUCCAUGCUGGUUAAGAAAGAGGUACAAGAGAAGAAAAAUAACAACAACAAUAACACCAACACCACCAACAACAACGACGACCAUCGUAGUUUGGAGAAGAUUGAGGAUGGAUUGGCUCGAGCUCGUGCCGCGAUCCAGGAAGCAUCCCGGAGUCAGAGUUAUACAUCAGAAGAAGAACAGACUUUCAUUCCAAGAGGUCCCGUUUACCGGAAUCCAUAUGCUUUCCAUCAGAGUCAUAUAGAGAUGGUAAAAAGAUUCAAGAUAUGGACCUACAAAGAAGGGGAGCCACCCUUGGUGCACCUAGGACCAAUGAGCUAUAUCUACGGCAUAGAAGGGCAUUUCAUUCAAGAAAUGGAAGAUGGAAUGAGCUUAAUCAACAAGUUUAUGGCUAGUAACCCUAACGAGGCGCAUGUCUUCUUUCUCCCCUUUAGUAUAGUUAACAUAAGGACAGCAUUUUACAAGCCCCACGACUUCGAUCGUGGACCGCUCAAUAGAGUGACAUUGGACUAUGUUAAUGUGGUUGCCGAGAAGUAUUCUUAUUGGAAUAGAAGUCAUGGAGCAGAUCAUUUCAUGCUCUCGUGCCAUGACUGGGCACCGGAUAUUUCAUUUGGCAACCCAAAAUUAUUGCAAAAUCUUAUAAGAGCACUUUGUAAUGCUAAUACAUCAGAGGGAUUCCAACCCGUGAGAGACGUACCAAUCCCCGAGAUAAAUGUUCCGGCUAGGCAAUUAAACCAACCAAGCUUGGGUUUGCACACAAGUAAGCGUCGAAUCUUUGCAUUUUUCGCGGGUGCUAAUCAUGGCCAUGUUAGAAAAUUCUUAUUCGAGCAAUGGGAGAAAGACGACGAAAUCCAACUCCAUGAACACCUUCCUAAGCAUCUAAAUUACUUCCAAAUGUUAGGAAAAAGCAAGUUUUGCUUAUGCCCUAGUGGUUACGAAGUAGCAAGUUCACGUAUAGUUGAAGCUAUACGUACAGAUUGCGUACCCGUAGUCAUUAAGGAUAAUUAUUCCUUCCCUUUCAGUGAUGUUCUUGAUUGGAGUCGAUUUUCGAUUCAUGUUCCGGUGUCGAAAAUCCCUGAGAUUAAGACGAUGUUAAAAGGAAUUUCUCCAAAAGAGUAUGAGAAAUUAGUACAAGGAGUUAAGAGUGUAAAGUGGCACUUUACUAUAAAUAGACCUGCUAAACCAUUUGAUUUAAUUCAUAUGGUGUUGCAUUCUGUAUGGUUACGAAGGCUUAAUAUAAGAUUGCCUAAUUGA